GCAUCAUCAGCUGCCCUCCUGCAGACUAGCAGGGCUAUCCUCAGUUCAGCUGGCCCCCUUGGGAGAAACAGAACAAAACACCUGCUUGCAGCAGAGUGCAGUGUCAGCCAGCCCGCAUGCCUAAGGGAGCAGUGAGGGCUGGGUGACACCCGAGGCAGCCACCUAUGAGCAGGACAUGGUCUGCGCAACCUCCCACCACAGCUGCAGAGCUGCCAGAGGUACAGGAAAACAUUAUCCCCAGCAUUCAGCUCCAGCUUCAGGAGGUGAAGAGGGGCAAAGCAAGCCAGUUCUUUGCGCUGAUGGGGAAACGGGUGGGAGGAAUACCUCCUCUCCAGUCAGAGAGAAGAACAGGGUAUCAUCGGGGACAAAUGGUCCAGGACCUCCUGGGCAGGAAAGGCCCAGCGACAGAAGAGCUCUCCCCAGGCAGAGAGGAUGAGGACAUGGGGUCCGAGUGAGAGCGCCCAGUGCAUGCUUCCCGGAGGACAAAGUUCCGUUGUCCCUACCUGGACCACACAGCUAACCAUCCGCCGGGCCAACAUUCCUUUUGGGGUCACCUGGGCUCAACGCUGACGUGCUCACAGGCUCUCACUGAACACACUGGACUCAUUCCAGACCUGCGGCCUCAAGCAGCGGUCCCACACAGAUGAACUGUUGUCACAACUGCAGCUGGCGCGAGCCUUCACCCUCACUCACUCUCCUCACCACAGCAGGACCCACCGGCACCACUCCCCGCUAUACUCAGGGCGCAGGCAGGAUCAAUAAAGGAAUGAACAGUGAA